AUGCUGAAUCUUGUCGACCUUUCUUCAUUUCCCCCUCAAGUACCUAUUUACCUCUUGCUUGCUUUUUUGGGAUCGGCAUUUUUGAACGUUUGGCUGUUGGUCUCCAAACGCAGCUUCUUACCUCUUGUUGAUGAACAGAAAUUGCAGAAAAGAGGCCUCACAGGUCACCCGGCGGGAUGGUGGGCCAGUGAGACCUUUUUCCAGGCGGAGAGGAGGUCCAUUUUCAGCAAGACAUGGAUUUGUGUGAGCCACCGAGGGCGUUUUGCCAAACCUGGGGAUUACGUUACGCAUGAGCUUGCAGGUUUCCGAUUUUUCAUCAUCCGCGGCAAAGAUGAUCAAAUUAGAACUUUCCAUAACAUUUGCCGCCAUCGAGCCUUUCCUGUGGCGAACAAAGCUACUGGGUCAGCCAUGGUUCUGGGAUGCCAAUACCAUGGCUGGAGCUACAAUACCAAGGGAGAACUCACUAAAGCUCCUCAGUUUGACAACGUUCCAGGUUUUGAUAAAGGCAAGAACAGCCUGUUCGAAAUCCACACCAAAGUAGAUGGCUCGGGCUUUAUCCAUAUCAACUUAGCGGGAGACCAAAGCCCAGUUGAUAACCGCCCUCCGAACGCAGAGAAGAUUGGGCGACCUGCCAGGAUCAGUCCAACCUCACAAUUUAUCCAUGGUUGGGAGAUGGAGGGAAAUUACAAUUGGAAGGCAGCAGGUAACCCGCAAUCCCUAAUCUCUGUCGCUCCCAGGAUCAUCAAUAACCUAAAAUAUAUAGAUUCGCAGGGAAACGGGGAUGAUGUUCACAAUCCGAGCCAAGAGACUUCAGGAAUAUUUCCACGUGCAUUAUUUACCCACAGUCUUACUCCUGCGGGGCAGCUGCGCUUCUUUCCUCUAACCACCGUCUACACGAAGAGUGGGAGGCCCUUCUGGUACCAAAUAACCCUUUCACCAGCAUCUGCUUCCUCAACAACACUGCGCUGUGGACUGUACUCGACGAAGCAGUCAGAAAUCUCACAAAUAGGUGAAAUUAAGGCCACUUUAGAAGCAGAGCUAAAGCAUACAAUCCAACGUUAUGAGGAUGUCUACAGGAAGGCUCUCAGCCAAGACGCAACAGUAGGAAACUUGACCGCAAAUGGCGCAAAAAUCGCGAACACUGUGUCCAAACACCUCAAGCAAGAGGAAGUAGAAGGCUCAGAAAUCAAGCCAGCGACAGUGCAACACUAUCGGAGCGCGGCGCAUUUGAAAGCUGAACAAACAGCGACAAACUGGAUUGGUGAUCAGCUCCGCACUUCUCAACCGCUGGUUCACUAG